CAUGGUGAAAUGCGUGUAUCUCAGUUUGUUUUUGCUUCAAAUGGUGGUUUACAAUUUACAAAAUUCUCUCAAAAAAACGAUCAAGGCGGAGUCGAUGGCAAUUUAGAUUUAUUAACUAUCCCUGUGCCGCCUGAUCCUAAAGGAUUACUUGGCCCUGUUCAUGACAUAAAAUUAUAUAUUGAUCAUCGACCAGCUAAUUUUACUUGUGAAUUCUUACAUUUAAAAAUUAAUAAACAUUCAAAAGCUAUUGUUAAAGGUGAAUGGUAUCUCGAUUCAAAACUUGGAACCAAAACUUGUGGCAACCUCAUGAAAAGCAUUUGUAAUGCAGCUGGUAUCAAUAUUCAAGGUCGAGAUAUAGUUAAUCAUUCGGGUCGUACAACACUAAUCACCUCUCUCUAUCAAGCUGGUGUGCCAAUUAUCACUUCUAUGUCAAUCUCAGGGCACAAAAGUGAAUCAUCGUUUAGAAUCUAUUCAAGACCAUCCGAUAAGCAAAAGGAGGAGGCACUGGCUUUUUUAAUUGGAACCGCUGGUAAAUUGCCAUCAAAUAAA